UUCUCUCCCCAGUCAUUACUGAAUAAUCCUGUCGUCACUCAAGUCAGCUCCGAUCAGCCAACUCUCGCUUCAGCCUCCCCUCUCCCCGCCGGUGAUCGGCUGAUUAUUCUUUCUUCAUUCGCCGGACUCCAUUAUUGGUUGGAAUACGCACUUAUUGGGUGAUAACUUAUGCGUGUAAUUUAUUGUACCAGGAUAAUUUGGUUGAAUUAGUAGUUAGAAUUAAUUUGUCCAGACCUGUAUGCAGCGUUGAGAGAAGUUAGGGUUUUUAUUCUUGGGGAAUAAUGGGGGAUUCAAUGGAGAGAUUGGGAUCGGAGGAAGCGGCAAGUUUGAUGAAGGAGGAGCUGUGUAUGGAGAUCGAUCCGCCGUUUAAAGAGAACCUCGCCACUGCAGAGGACUGGCGUAAGGCGCUUAAUAAGGUGGUUCCGGCCGUAGUCGUGCUUCGUACUAAUGCUUGUCGAGCAUUUGAUACUGAGUCCGCUGGCGCCAGCUAUGCAACCGGCUUCAUUGUUGAUAAACGCCGCGGCAUUAUACUCACCAAUCGACAUGUUGUUAAACCAGGGCCUGUGGUAGCAGAAGCAAUGUUUGUGAAUCGUGAAGAGAUACCUGUUCAUCCCAUAUACAGGGACCCGGUACAUGACUUUGGCUUCUUUCAAUAUGACCCUGGGGCAAUUCAAUUUCUGAGCUAUGAGGAGAUCCCUCUUGCACCGGAAGCUGCUUGUGUUGGACUGGAGAUAAGGGUUGUUGGGAAUGAUAGUGGAGAAAAGGUGUCCAUUUUAGCUGGUACUCUUGCUCGCUUGGAUAGAGAUGCUCCUCAUUACAAGAAAGAUGGCUACAAUGACUUCAACACAUUCUACAUGCAAGCUGCUUCAGGGACCAAAGGUGGUUCAAGUGGUUCGCCCGUGAUUGAUUGGCAAGGCAGAGCAGUUGCCUUAAAUGCAGGGAGCAAGUCAUCAAGUGCUUCGGCAUUUUUCUUUCCGUUAGAACGAGUGGUAAGGGCAUUGAAAUUUUUACAAAAAGGAAGAGAUUCAUUUUCAGAAAAAUGGGAAGCAGUUUCAAUUCCUCGUGGUACGCUUCAGGUCACAUUUUCACAUAAAGGAUUUGAUGAGACACGUCGACUUGGUCUUCAAAGUGAAACAGAACAGCUGGUGCGCAGUGCAUCUCCUCCGGGGGAAACUGGAAUGCUAGUCCUGGAUUCUGUUGUACCAGGCGGUCCAGCUCAUAAUUUUUUGGAGCCAGGUGAUGUACUUGUUCGUAUGAAUGGGGAGGUAAUUACCCAGUUCCUGAGGAUGGAGACUUUAUUUGACGACAGUGUCAACGAGAAAGUUGAACUUCAAAUUGAAAGGGGCGGCAAAUCAGUCGUCGUGAACUUGGUGGUUCAAGAUCUUCACUCCAUAACCCCAGAUUACUUCUUGGAAGUCAGUGGUGCUGUGAUACACCCUCUUUCUUAUCAACAGGCUAGAAAUUUUCGUUUUCACUGUGGCAUUGUCUAUGUUGCAGAACCAGGAUACAUGCUCUUCAGAGCUGGAGUUCCAAGACAUGCUAUCAUUAAGAAGUUUGCAGGUGAAGAUAUAUCAAGGCUUGAGGACUUCAUUACUAUUCUUUCAAAGUUGUCUAGGGGUGCACGAGUGCCACUGGAAUAUAUAACCUAUGGGGAUCGUCAUCGUAGAAAGUCUGUCCUUGUCACAAUUGACCGCCAUGAGUGGUAUGCCCCACCUCAGCUAUACAAGCGUGAUGACAGCUCAGGUCUAUGGAUAGCAAAGUCAGCUUUGCAUUCUGACGCUCCAAUUUCAUCAUCUGUCUCCAAUCGUGUGCAAGAAAUAGAAAACCAUACAUUAUCUCCAAGCACAGGCGAAAUUUGUCCAAUGGAGCAGAUACAUCAGUCUGUAGGACUGGAAUCAACUGAUGGCAUUACCAGCAUGGAAACUAGUUAUGAACAGGUUGCCGAGGAAAGACAUUCUCAGGAUGAAUCUGAUGCUGGGACAAAGAAAAGGAGAGUGGAGGAGGAAAGAUCUGCUGAUGGAAAUGUAAUAGUGGAUUAUUCUUUACAUGAGCCUAGAGAGGAAAGGUUGGAGGACUCUGGAAAUGUUGAUAAUGCAGUUUCAAGAGGUUAUCGAGGUUCCACUGCUGUAGCAGCUAAUGCUUCAGUUGCUGAACGUGUGAUAGAGCCCACACUUGUAAUGUUUGAGGUUCAUGUGCCAUCCGCCUGUAUGAUAGAUGGAGUCCACUCACAACAUUUCUUUGGAACUGGUGUUAUUAUAUAUCAUUCAGAAACGAUGGGAUUAGUUGCAGUUGACAAAAAUACAGUUGCAGUAUCUGUUUCUGAUGUGAUGCUGUCUUUUGCUGCUUUUCCAAUGGAAAUACCUGGAGAGGUGGUUUUUCUCCAUCCUGUCCAUAAUUUUGCUCUUGUUGCGUACGACCCUUCUGCAUUGGGAGCUGUUGGUAUCUCAAUGGUUCGUGCUGCUGAGCUCCAUCCAGAACCUGCGCUUCGCCGUGGAGAUCCUGUCUAUCUCGUGGGUUUGAGUAGAAGCCUACAGGCAACUUCAAGAAAAUCCUUUGUCACCAAUCCAUGUGCUGCUUUAAAUAUUGGCUCAGCUGAUUGUCCACGUUACAGAGCAACCAAUAUGGAAGUCACUGAACUUGAUACUGAUUUUGGGAGUACAUUUUCUGGUGUACUGACUGAUGAGCUUGGGAGAGUGCAGGCUGUAUGGGGAAGCUUUUCAACUCAGCUCAAAUAUGGAUGCAAUUCAUCUGAAGAUCAUCAAUUUGUCCGGGGCCUUUCCAUAUAUACUAUCAGUCAGGUCCUUGAUAAGAUAAUAUCUGGUGGUGAUGGUCCUCGCCUUUUGAUAAAUGGUGUGAAGAGACCAAUGCCACUUGUAAGGAUAUUGGAAGUUGAACUGUACCCUACUUUACUUUCUAAAGCUCGGAGUUUUGGAUUGAGUGAUGCUUGGAUCCAGGCUCUUGUGAAAAAAGAUCCUAUUAGACGUCAAGUAUUGAGGGUUAAAGGGUGCCUAGCUGGGUCAAGGGCUGAAAGUCUAUUAGAACAAGGUGACAUGGUUUUGGCAAUCAAUAAAGUACCUGUUACAUGCUUUCAUGACAUUGAAGAUGCUUGCCAAGCGCUAGACCAGUGUGAUAAUAGUGAUGGGAGACUUAGCAUGACUAUAUUCCGUCAGGGCCAUGAGCUUGAACUACUUGUGGGAACAGACAUAAGAGAUGGGAAUGGAACCGCUCGUGUGAUAAACUGGUGUGGAUGUAUAGUCCAAGAUCCCCACCCUGCGGUGCGUGCUCUUGGAUUUCUUCCUGAAGAAGGCCAUGGUGUUUAUGUGGCCAGGUGGUGUCAUGGGAGUCCUGUACAUCGAUAUGGUCUGUAUGCUCUCCAAUGGAUUGUCGAGGUCAACGGGAAACGAACUCCUGAUUUGGAUGCUUUUGUUGACGCAACGAAGGAGUUGGAACAUGGUGAGUUUGUCCGUGUCAGAACAGUACACUUAAAUGGGAAGCCUCGAGUACUUACCCUGAAGCAGGAUUUACAUUACUGGCCUACAUGGGAGCUGAGAUUUGACCCUGAAACUGCAAUUUGGCGAAGAAAGACGAUCAAAUCUUUAGAUUGCUGCACUACUUGCGUUAUAACGGUGGACAAAUAGGAUAACCUUCCAACCAGUGAUAUGUUGAAUAACUCGGUGGUUUACUAGCCAUGGAAAGGCAGCUAUUAUAAAAUUACGCUCCUCUUAUAGACAGUUAGCUAUAUUAUAUUUAUACACAGCAGGAUUAUAAAAUUACGCUCCUCUUUGCUUCUUGCAAUCGAUAGUUAGCUAUUAAGAACCUCAGCCGCCAAUAUGUGCGUGGUUUACACUCUGUUACAGCUUGACUUUGAUAAGUUUAGUGAAAAACUAUCUUCAUUUUUUCCGUGCA